AUGAAAAUACAUACUGGAGAAAAACCUUUUUCAUGUAAUAUCUGUAAAUAUCAAUGUAUUCAAAAAAGUCAUAUACAAGCACAUAUGAAAAUACAUACUGGAGAAAAACCUUUUUCAUGUAAUAUCUGUGAAUAUAAAUUUAUUACAAAAAGUGAUUUGCAAAGGCAUAUGAAAAUACAUACAGGAGAAAAACCUUUUUCGUGUAAUAUCUGUGAAUAUAAAUGUAUAGAAAAAAGGUAUUUGCAAAAGCAUAUGAAAAUACAUACUGGAGAAAAACCUUUUUCAUGUAAUAUCUGUGAAUAUAAAUGUAUUACAAAAGGUGAUUUGCAAAGGCAUGUGAAAAUACAUACUGGAGAAAAACCUUUUUCAUGUAAUAUCUGUGAAUAUAAAUGUAUAGAAAAAAGUAAAUUGCAAAUGCAUAUGAAAAUACAUACUGGAGAAAAACCUUUUUCGUGUCAUAUCUGUGAAUAUAAAUGUAUUACAAAAAGUGAUUUGCAAAGGCAUAUGAAAAUACAUACUGGAGAAAAACCUUUUUCGUGUCAUAUCUGUAAAUAUCAAUGUAUUCAAAAAAGUCAUUUGCAAUCACAUAUGAAAAUACAUACUGGAGAAAAACCUUUUUCGUGUCAUAUCUGUGAAUAUAAAUGUAUUACAAAAAGUGCUUUGCAAAGGCAUAUGAAAACGCACACUUGA